GUGAAGAAAGGAGUGGUAUACUUCAAAAUAGAGAAAAAUGACUUCGAUUAGUUGUCAUCAAGAUUUUCACACUCUGAAAUUACCUUCCUUUGUUCACUGCCCAAAGGCCCAUCUUGUAUCCACCAGGUCCACCAGCUCCAGAUAGAGAAAACAGAAGCAAGCUGUGCAUCGUGCUUAUACUAGAGCUCUCCGGUUACAUUUGAGGACUAGCAAUAAUUUUGCAAUGGUUUGGGAGGCACUGCCAGGUAAUUUGGAAAAGCCUCUCGGCCAUGCGCUGAAGAAGCCACAACAUUCUGUAUCAACAGUAACUCAUUCAAUGCCUCCAGAAAAGAUAGAGUUGUUCAAAUCCUUGGAAGACUGGGUUAAAACAAAUGUGUUGAUUCACCUAAAACCAGUUGAGAAAUGCUGGCAACCACAACACUUUCUUCCAGACCCGACAUCGGAUGAAUUCUUAGAACAAGUGGUGGAACUGAGAGAGAGAGCAAUGGAGCUGCCAGACGAUUAUUUUGUAGUAUUGGUCGGAGACAUGAUCACUGAAGAAGCUCUUCCAACUUACCAGAGCCUGCUUAAUGGGUAUGAUGGAAUUGCGGAUGAAACAGGGUCAAGCCUCAGUCCUUGGGCUGAUUGGAUAAGGGGAUGGAGUGCUGAAGAGAACAGGCAUGGUGAUCUUCUCAACAAGUACCUCUAUCUUUCUGGUCGUGUUGACAUGAAUCAAAUCGAGAAGACUGUCCAGUAUCUGAUUGGGUCCGGAAUGGAUAUUAAGACGGAAAACAAUCCAUAUCUAGGAAUGGUUUACACAUCAUUCCAAGAAAGGGCGACAUCUAUUUCUCAUGGUAACACAGCCAGGCUUGCCAAAUAUUACGAUGACAUUAACUUAGCACAGAUAUGUGGUACAAUAGCCUCUGAUGAGAAGCGUCAUGAAACUGCUUACACCAAGAUAAUGAAGAAGUUGUUCGAGCUUGAUCCUGAUGCUUCUGUCAUAGCAUUUGCUGACAUGAUGCGGAAGAAAAUUACUAUGCCAGCUCACUUCAUGUAUGAUGGCCAUGAUGAUGAUCUGUUCUUGCACUUCUCAACUAUUGCUCAGCGGCUUGGUGUGUACACCGCCAUGGAUUAUGCUAAUAUAUUGGAUUUUUUGGUGGACAAAUGGAAUGUAGAGAAGCUUAGUCCACUCUCUCCUGAGGGACGAAAGGCUCAAGAUUAUGUUUGCGGGUUAGGUCCCAAAAUUCGAAGGUUGGAGGAGAGAGCUCGACUGAAAUCCAAGGAAAGAUAUGCUAUACCAUUUAGUUGGAUUUUCAAUAGAUCAGUGAAGCUCUAAGUAAAAUAAAGGACUUGUUAUUAUUAUUAUUAUUAUUAGGGCUCUGCUCUAAACCAUUACCAGUAUAUAGUAACACAAACUACUAGUAAUGUACGUAUGUAUGCAGCGGGAGAAUCAAAUGUAUGAAGGAAGCGGCACAACAUAAGUGAUAAUUUCUCAAA